GGUAGCAUAAAUGUGGGAAUGACUGAUCCUUCCCUCUGGUGGGCAUCUCUCUUGACCCGAACGAGGCAAGGAAGACUGUUCUCAGAAGUGAGGAUCUUGAAAGGUGGAGGAAGGUGGAGCGUAAGAGCUCCAGAUGGCCUACUUGCUCUCCUCUGAUGUUUCAUCAGGCCUCAGCUAGAUAAAAGGACUUUCCCCUCCAGUUUUUACCAGAUAAGUUGGAUUUUGACUCCCAUACUUCCACACUUUCCUAGCUAUGUUGGGGAAGUUUUUGUGAAGGAAAAAGUCGGGGGUGAUUAUUUGUUUGGACAACUGAUAACCUGUGUGUUUGGCUACUUUUUCCUACUUACAUCAGGUAAAAUGGCUUCCCUCUGGUUCUUCUGGUCCAUGGUUCUCUCAGGCUUUCUCAUAACUGGUGGUUUCAAGAUUAUCCAACAUAGCACCAACACGAAGAACAUGGAGUCAUUUCGUUCCGCCGCCAACACAAACGAUUGGAAGUGGAAAGCAGCAGGUGAUGGAGGCAAUGGAUCCUCUCGGUUGCUCCGUCAAAAAAGACAGGAUAAAAUGGAGGAACAUGCUAAAAAGUCUCCUGCCCUUACAACAGCUUCACCCCCCUCUGGUAUGGACUUCCAAGUAAAUGCCACCUCCUCUCCCGUGAAGAUGAUGACCAAAAUUGCAUCCAAAAGUCCUCCAGAACAUGUGCUACCUGAAACCAGAAAUGAGACUAAGUCACAGAAAAUCCCCCUGGACAUGAAUGUAACGUGGCCAUGGCUGAUCGAUGUGACCUCCACAUCCCCUCAGGUGCCUGUUUCCACAGUGACUUUGAGGCCAGAUUCUGACACUACUAGACCUGUCUCCAGAACAAAAGAAAACCUCCAUUCUCUCCUCAAAACAGCCACACCUAGUCCAGCAUUGUUGGAUCAUAUAUCUACUUCAUCCUCUCAACAUUUGAUUGAUGAUUCAGGUUUUUCCACAGCCCCCCAGAAGCACAUCUCAGACUCACCUAGGCCAGACGUAAAUUCAAAAUUAAAACUUCCUCUCAUAACAGCUACAUCUGGUUCCACCAAAACACCGCAACAUCUGGAUGAAAUCUUGUCUACAUCUUCUCAGACUUCGGGGGAUGUCUUGGAGUUUUCCACGGCCACCGAGAAGCACAGCUUGGACUCAGCUAGGCCAGACCUAAAUCCGAAGGUAAAACCUCACCUUGCAACGGCUACAUCUGUUCCCACCAAAACACAGAAAUGGCUGGAUGAAAUGGUGUCUACGUCCACUGAGACUUUGCAGGAUGACUUGGAUUCUUCUACAGGGCCCUCAAGGCACAGCUUGGGCAUGACCACAUCAGGCUCCUCAGCCACCACCCAAGGAAAGUCUCCCCUUGCCAAUAACACCAACCCUUUGAUUGGAAAAUGUUUGCUGGCCAUCCUCCUCCUGGCUCUGGUGGCCGCCAUCUUCAUUGUGUCCUCUGGUGUCCUGGCCACCACGCUGUGGCGCCAGAAGAAAGCUUACAGACUGGGCCAGGCCAACCACACAGAGAUGGUGUGCAUCUCAUCCCUGCUGUCUGCUGAAAAGGAGGAGGAGGAGGAGAGGAGGAGGCAGCCCAAAGUGAAGCGGGUAAAACUUCUUGGGGAGACGGGGUCGGAGACAGAGGUGGACAACUUAACCCUGAACAGCUUCCUACCAGAGCAUUAAUCGUGUGCUUUCUUGGUGCUUCAGACAUCCCUGGCUCAUUUUCUAGAGCCUACUGAUCUUCUCCAGGACCGUAAUUGUCCUUAGGAUCUUCUCUACCCAGGACUACAUUUGCAGGACAUCCCUGUCUUCUCAUCUGGGUUGACCCCUUGCACUGACCCGUGAAGUAACUUGCCUGGCUGUGCCUUUGCCUGCUAUAGGAGCCCUACGUUUAUGUUUUGGAAACUGUCGUUUCUUUGUGAACUCGAUGACUGUGGCUUGUUAAAAACAAAACUUAGCCCAAUGUUUUCCUGCAGCCCUGCAGAUCAAAUGAUGUAUCCAGAAAGGAGACAUUCUGAAAUGUGUAAAUUAUUUGUUAGUUAGAGUUUACUGUGUUUCCUCCCAGGAGUUCAGGA